UUGAUACACACACUCUCUCACUCUGUAAAACACACACACACUCACAAAAGUUGGUUUGAUCAUAUCAUUUGGCACUUAUCAAUUUUUUUUCUAAUCACUCUCAGUUUUCGUGUAAUAAGUGUUGCAGGCAAGUUGAUUUGUUUACAUGGAGGUCGUUGAAUCCAAGUCGCAGUCCCUUGGGGAGAAUGGUCAUCAGAUUAGUCCUGAAAUUUCUGUAUGUCUUGCCGAAAAUGUUGAAGCAGGGUUUCAGCAGUGUAUCAAAGAAAUCCUUGUGCUUAUAGAAAAGGAUGGAAGUUUCCCUGAUAUGACUUCUGAAAUAUAUGAUGAAAAGAAAUCUGAAUUGAAAACACAUGUCACUGAAUUGUCACGAAUGCAUGGUUUGUUGGCUGAUCAACAUGUUCAUCUGAUUGGAGAAGUUAGUAGGAACUGUCCAUCUCUGAUCAAAAACCAGAAUCUUGAUCCGUGUGAUUCAAGCUCUCCUCAAGUUACUCAGAUGUUUACCCCUGAUCAAAUGAGUAAUACACGCAAGUUUAAGACACCUAUCGGUUUUGAUGUGAUGAGCUCAGGAGGCGGUGGCUCCUCUAUAUAUAAAAUUGAAGGUUCAGAGUCUUCCUUCUCAUUAUCAUCAGAUUCCGAUUCAGAAUCUUUCAUGUCUAUUAACAAGCUACUGAUUUCACCAGUCAAUGAUGAUGCGAUGAAGGCGAAAGAAACUAAGGUCCCUGAUGUCUUGCUUUCAAAGAUUUCUUGUUUGGAAGAAGAGGUCGCUAGUUUGAACAAAAAACUUCAGAUUUUAGAAGACGAGAAUACUAAGUUGAAGCAAAAAAUUCAAGAAAGUGAAUCAGAUUUUGAAAUUCAGAAUACCCAUCUUGAAGACGAGAAUGCUAAGUUGAAGCACAAGAUCCAAGAAAGUGAAACAGAAUUUGAAAUUCAGAAUAGCCAUCUUGAAGUUGAGAAAGCUAAGGUAAUUGAGCUGCAGAAACAGGUGGAUGACCUUGAAUUUGUGAUUUAUGACUCUAAUUAUCGAAAUAAAUCAAUGGGAGAAGAAUUGGAGGCAUCCAGAGAGAAACUAUUAGCAGCAGAAGAUAAUAUCUCAAAACUAAAGCAGGAACUGUCUAGCAAAAUAUUUGAACAAACUCAUUGGUUGCAAGGUCAACUUGGGUUGAGUCAGCAAGAAAUAGCCUUGUUACAGAAGCAGCUUGAUUCCGAGAAAGACAAGAAUCUUGGAUUGCAAGAGGAGGUAUAUUCAUUUGUAGUUGAUAUAUCAGUACGUGAUGAUCAAAUUUCAGAAUUAGAUACAAAAAUUGACCAUUUCAUGUCUGAAAUUUCACUACUGAAAAGCACACAUGAGGCGAAAGAGGAUAGCUUGAAUGCUGAUAUUAGAAGGUUAAGAAUGGAAGUAGAAGAAAAGUGCCAGUUAGUUGAAUAUUUGAAUAAAAAGAUGGAUGCGUUGAUGUUAGAGAAAGAUGGAGUUAAGGCUCAGCUGGAUACACUUCAAGCUGAGAAGUGUCAUCAGGGGAAUGUCAUUCAAGAACUGGAGACCUGUUUGAAUGCACUACAGACUGAACAUGUGCAGGUACUUUCAUCAUUUGAUAAUGCACAGAAAGUCACAGAUGAACUAACAUUGAAAGUGGCGGACUUGGAAAGAGAGGUGGAUAGGCAAAGGGAAGUUAUUUCCGACAGAGCGGAAGAGAAAAGGGAGGCUAUAAGGCAGCUAUCUUUCUCCCUUGAACAUUACAUGUCUGGAUACAAAGAGCUUCGUCAAGCAUUCGUUGGCAACAAAAGGCGUGCUGUUUUGACAUCUUGAUUUCACAAACCCUGCGAUGUGUCUACAAGUUUGGUAGUUCUUUGCUUUGAUUACAUACAAACCUCUCUUUUUUAGAUAUAAACAUUCACAUCAUGCUCAUUGGCAAUACUGUGCCAAUUUACAUGAUUAUUUUAGUAUUGUCUCUUUUAUAAAUUUCAAAACAGUUUAUUAUGCCUAAAAUGAAAACCACAUCUUUGGGGUUUUUUUUUUUGCCUGUACUGUUUUACGCCAUAAGA